UUAAACUUGGUUUUCUCUUGUGUCCUUUGACUGUUAUUUGUGGCAGAUUUUGUAUUGUUCAUAUUUUGUUUAGACACAAAAGAGAGGCGUUGCAGUGCAUUGUAAUAUAUUGUUCUUGUGGGCAUUUCCUGUGCUUCUACUACUCAUCUAGUGUUUAUUGAUUGGGUCCCAAGGAAGUGAUGUGAAUCCAAAUGUCAAGUUAUCAGCGCAGUGCAUCCCAGUGAAAUCAUAAUUCAAGCAGGUCUUACAAGUACUUUUGAGUUCUUUCCCAUUGGACAUAUAUAAUAAAUUCAAAGAUAAUUCCAUCUCAAAGUGAAACACUCGGACCUUUGAAAGGUUAAAAAAUUCAAAUCACGGCCUUGAACAUGCAGAUCAGCCUCUGACGAGGGGUCACAGCUCAGUGUUUUGGCAGAGAUCGCUUGUCUGUCAGCAGUCUGGUUUCUCUGGUUUAUUUUGGCCCAUGAGAAGAGAAUAAGGGGAGCUCAGAUGGGUGACGCAGGCAAACCCCGCUUAUCCACAAUCCCAGUGGGCAGUGUUGGACAGCCCCGACACCACAGUCCCCGGUGUCUACUGUUUAGCAUGUCAGCUACACUAUAAUCAGUGCCCCCAUCAGUCAUCUGCUCGGCCGGCAGGAAGGCUAGAAGGACGAGACAGCCUUGACUAAAGGUUUGGCAGGGUGACGAAAACACCUCAGACACGCCGGCUGCAGUGGAGGGCAUAUCUUAAGGAAGGGUUUAUGACCAGUGACAUACUUUUUCCUUGUUACCCAGGCCAUGUGCAGCGAGGCAUUUGGGAUGGUAAAUGGUCGAAGUGAUAAUGCGGGUCAAGAGCGUGCAACCUACAGUCAAGUGCCUUGGUCGUCUACGCAUUUGUGUUACACUGGGUUGUAGUGUAAUAAAGUAAAAAAAAAAAAAAAAAAAAUGUAUGUGUACAAAGUUUGUACUUAAUGUGUACGUAAUGUGAAAGCCUAUGCAAUAAAGUAAUGGUGUUAGGUGAAAAAAAACUUUAUUCUUGAUACAAUAUUAAAAUAGGACGCUAAACUUACGACAAAACUUCUUAAGCACUUAACCUUUUCUAACGAUAUUCAUACAUAUGUAAUGAAUUCAAAGUUUGACCAAAAUAAGUAUUUCUAACACAAAUCUUUACAUUUCAAAUGUAAGAACAGGAGAAUACAUGUUGCCAUAAAUGUUUUUUUAUUACAUAAAAUCGAUCAUUUCUCUUAUAUAAUGCCCAUUCUGACAUGUUACACUGAUGAAACCUGAUUAUAUUCUAUAUACAUUUGCACCUGUCGGUUCUCACACUGCUUAAUGUCUAAUACCAGGAAACCUCCUGUGAAGAUUCAAAUCUGCAUAAUCAUGCGAGUGCUUGCCAAAUGCAUCAAUGCUGUCACCGUGCAAUGUGACAAGAGCGGCGGUACUGAUGUGGUGUGAGGAGGGCGGGGUUUGCUCGUUAUUAGGGGAUGACCUCAAGACAUCCAAGCAUCCAUCCAACCUUUUUAAGGAAAAAAAUACACACACACACUGCUCCAGUUACAGGACUCAAGUCCCCCCCACCACCACUUCCUUUUUGGCAAGCUUUAUCUCACACUCAUGUCCACGCCACCAGCUCUGAUUCCUUCACCUCUGACAUGCAUUAAAGGUAUAUAAGAGUGGCAUUAAGUUGUCACACUCUGGAGCCAACAGGCAACUCAUAAUACCCAGAGAGACCGGUGACACCAGGCUGAGACUGGCUCUUCCGCAGCUUAAACACUUAGUCCCACCUCAAGCUGGACUCGAAGAUGCCUGCCACAACAAGACUUAUUUCUGACAGCCGGAAGUCGGAUAAAGCAAAAAAAGUCAAAGCUGGGAACUCACCCACAGAAAAGACUCCAGCCUAUGAACCAAACAUCCCAGAGCCCAAAAGCAGAGCUGAUUUAAUCAAACACUGGAUCAACUUCUCCCUGGAUGACAAGACAGCUAACAAGACUCUGUGGAUCACAGAGGGCGGUACUAAAGUGGCCCGUAUGACUGAUGAUUUGAAUUGCCCCGUCUUGGAUAGACCAGAGAGAUACGAGUAUGCUCCACAGGUUCUUUGCAAGGAGGGCAUCCUGGGCUUCCGAGGCUACUGGGAGGUGGAGUUUUCGGGGUGGGUUGUCGUCGGGGUUGCGUACGAACGCGCAGGAAGGAGGAACAGCGAUGGAUCCUGUGGCCUGGGAGAGAACGAAGAGUCCUGGGGAAUCGGCUGGUGCGGAUCCAGCUACCACGCCUGGCACAAAGGCCACAAUAUAGAGAUCAUGGAUGUUCCUAAGUGCUCUGUAAUAGGUGUGUACCUUGACCAGCCCGCUGGUGUCCUUAAUUUCUAUGCUGUAGAGGAGGUGAAGGAGGUAGAGGAGGGCGCAGAAGGAAAGGAGGUGAAACUUUUGCAGCAGGUUAGAAGCACCUUCAAGCAGAGAAUGAUACCGGGUUUCUGGAUAGCGACACAGUCUCGCUGUUCAGUCAUACAGAAGGAGGAGUUAGGGACAGAAUCGACAUUUUAAAAUCAUGUGUUGAAGUCAUGAGCUGAAGUGAAACUAUCCCAUUAUAUUCUAAUAAGGUGUGGAUAAUGCCCCUACAUCACGAUAAGACAAUAGUGUAGAUAGGGGAGUUAAUCUCAGAUAUACAGUAAAUGGUUUAGUGCAUUUCAAUAAAGGGAACAAAAUGCAAUCAGGUAGCGAUUCAUCUUUGACCUUCCUUUCUUUUUUGACUUUCCUGAAACCACAGGGCAGGUUUUAUACUGAUAUGUUUGUAUAUAUUUGUAUCACUGUAUUGUCAUUGGUUGCAAAGAAUGUAUAGGAGAAAAAAAUAAAAUCGCCCUAGUGUCACA